UGGCGCUGUGUGCGGCGCUAGUGCUACGGGGUUUCUGCGCAGAGAGAAGCGGAGGAAGCGGGCCCUCCCUCUGCAGCUGAAAACGACAGGACAUCGCAACAAUUACACACAAUUAACAGAGAUGGCCUCUCAGCAGCAGCAGCGCUUGGUCCAGCCCGGUGUACAACAGCCCGACUCUCUUCAGCAGCAACAACAACAGCUGAGUCAAGACUUUGACCCUGUCCAUAGAUUCAAGAUGCUCAUCCCACAGCUGAAGGAGAGUCUGCAGAACCUUAUGAAGAUUGCAUCUCUAAAUUUGGCUCAUAACACUGCUAUCGACAACGGCAUUGAAAGCAGUGACUCCACGGUUCAACGCUUUGACAAGAGCUUGGAAGAAUUUUAUGCCCUUUGUGAUCAGGUUGAGCUUUGUUUGAGGUUGGCGUAUGAGUGCCUCUCCCAGUGCCUUGAUAGUGCCAAACAUUCUCCAAACCUGGUACCGACAGCCACUAAGCCUGACACAGUGCAAACGGAGUCCAUGUCCUAUGCUCAGUACCUUGGCAUGAUCAAGUCUCAGAUCUCCUGUGCUAAAGACAUUCAUAACGCUUUGCUAGAGUGCUCUAAAAAGAUAGCUGGAAAAGGACAGCCUCAAGGAAUGAUGUAAAUUCAUUUCAUACUAAUUUUUAAUAAAUUGGCAGUUCCAUUGCGGUUUCUUAGCUCAGCUUUUCAUAAUGUUUUGUAUAUUUAUUCAUUUGGAAAGGUGUUAUGACCUUAAACGACCAGCUGGUGGCAGUAGAGUUGUAAUUACUUAUUCUUUCUUUUUGUCUUUGUUUUUAUAAUAAAACAGAAAUAAA